AUUUUUGCAAAUAGUUCCCUGUUUCACUUCGUUUAUACAUACAGGCAUUUAUGUAAAGCUUUAUUAUUUACAUGCGUUUGUUUGCUGUAAAAUGGGCAUGGUGCCCAAUAAUGUAAUAAUCAUUUACUAAUACGAGAACUACAACUAUCGGUUUGGAAAUAAUCAUGGCGGCGUCCUUGAGCAGCGCUAGGUUGCUGUGUUUAUCAACCAGGUUCUGCUACGGAAACCGAAGCCUCCACGUCAGUGCUGUGUGCUUCAAGAAUAGAGCGGCUCGUAUUCGUGUUGGCAAAGGAGACAAACCUCUAACUUAUGAACAAGCUAACCCUCCUCAUCAAAUCGGCCAUAGGAAAGGUUGGCUUUCACAGCACACUGGUAACCUGAAAGGAGAGGGUGGAGCUGCAGACCGUACAAUUGAAGAUAUUUUUAUAAGGCGCUUUAUGUUUGGCACAUUUCAUGGUUGCCUUGCCAAUGAGAUUGUGAUCAAAAGGCGUGGAAAUGUGCUUAUAGUGUGUGCUUUAAUGUUACAGAAAUUACCUCCACAGAAGUUUUACUUUUUGAUUGGCUAUUCAGAGUCACUGCUGUCACACUUUUACAAAUGUCCUGUUAAAUUAGAAAUUCAGACUCUGCAGGAUAGACCUGUGUAUAAAUACAUAUAGACUUAGGCAUUGUUGAUUGUCAGAUUUUUUUUCAUGAAAUCUGGAUGAAUUUCAGGUGUGUAAGUAAAAGUUUUCAGUAAUUCAUAUAAA